GGGUUAGGAAAAAAUGCAGUCUAUUGGUAAUUUAAAAUUCUAGUUGUUUUUCAACAAUCGGUCACAAUUUAGGAGUUACGUGGGAACAUAUUAAUUAAAGUUUAGCCCAACCGAGUCUAGAGCUGGUUCAUUACGCAUUAAAGGUUAUUGAAUCCAUUGAAGUCUCUAUAUAUGUUUAUAACUUCAAAGGAGUCUGAAAGGUUGAAAAGUGCCCUGAAAAACAAAUGGAAAGAUGGAGGAUGAUUAAUUGUAUCAACCUUAUCGGUCAACCUGGAACGGGGAAUAACCUUUUCUUCAUCUUUUCCCACUCUUAUUUGCCAUCAUCAACAUCACCGAUCAUAGAGAAAUGGUUACUCUUAUCUUCAUCACUUUCCAUCUCAACCUUGUUAACCUGAAGACCCUCUAGUUAAAGCUAAAAUAAGGUUGACUGGCCAUUAGCACACAAAUUGACUGGACAAGCCCAUCUUCAAACCGUCAUCUUCUCGUCUCAACUUUAACUUGUUUAACCAGUAAAAUAUUGCCUUCUCUCUUUCACUCUUACUCAUAAUCCACUCACUCUCAUCUUAUAGAAAUCACUUUCUCUCUCGAACUCAAAGUCUCAUGUAAGCUUUUUCUCUAAUUCACAGAAUCUUGAGACUUGAGAAUUUUUAGUUCUAAUUCUUGUUUCUUUUCAACCAACGUUGUGAUUAAUUCCCACUAAUCAACAUUAUGAUUAUAUUAUUAAUCAAUUUGCUUCUUUUAUGCUCAACAACUGUCCAUUCUUACAUUACUUGGAUUGAAGCUCGAGUUCCUCUUCAGGGCAAUCGACCAGCACCAGGAACACCAUGGCCAUUACCAAAACAGCUAAACCAAACAGAGAAAACACUCUUUUUAAAUCCAAUGGAGUUUUAUUUCACUACAAAUGGACGAUUCUGUGAUAUUCUUGAUGCAUCUUUAACUCGCUAUCGACCCAUCAUUUUUCAAGAUUUCAACGUAUCAACAGUUGGCUUCUCGGAUAGACCUGAGUUACGAUCUUUAAUGGUUAGAGUUGAUAAUCCUCAAGAGUGUGACUAUCCUCAAUUGGGUGACGAUGAAUCGUACACACUGGUUAUCCCAAAAAAUUCAAGUCAAGCAAUCCUACAAGCCAAGACAGUUUGGGGUGCUCUAAGAGGUUUGGAAUCCUUUAGUCAACUGGUUUACCACGAUGAUGGAUCA